AUGGAGUUGGUAAUAUUGAAGGCUAGAGCCCAGCUGAAUCGUCUCGUGUCGAGUGAGCGGCGAGGCGUCAGGGGGGAGAGGGGGAGGGGGGCCGAGGGGGCAGCCGGCGCGCGGUCGUCGGCGCGCGAGCGCGGCAUGGCGCCCGCCCGACCAGCGCCGGCGACCGCCGCGCCCUGGCUGAACGCCACGCUGGCAUACAACCUCACCCGCAUCAACGGAACCUUUGAUACCGAUUACGAACUACUCAACGCCAGCACCACCGAUGAACACGACAACCACUGGUUCUGCGCUAAGUGGACCAGCGCCCAGCAAGACCUAUUUCAGGCUGCAAAUCUUUGCUUCGCGAUCGCGUUUCUUGCACCGAAGAGUUUCAAGCAGAGCAUCUUGGUGCUACGCGCGCUAGCAGCCGCGGGUGCAGUUUUGAUGGGCAUGUGGGCCGGCGCAGAGGUUUGCGCACCAGACGUCCUAGCUUGGAGUUUGGCUCUUGUUCUAGUCAACUCCAUACAUACCAUCUUCUUAAUAAUAAGGUUUCUUCCACCGGCGUUGUCAUUAGAGCUGACAGAUUUAUACCUGAAACUAUUCAAGCCUCUGAAAGUGAAUAAGAAGCACUUUCAGGAGUUGACUCGUGAAGCGCGUGUCAUCAGGCUUGAGCCGGGCGAGGCGUACGCUGUCGAAGAAGUCACGCCUGCGGACGAAAGACUGUCGAUAUUAUUAAAGGGAAAAAUGCGAGUGAGUUGCGAUGAGACCCACCUUCAUUAUAUACAGCCCUACCAGUUUGUAGACUCGCCCGAGUGGGAAGCAAACCGUGAACAGUCUGACGACGUCUUUCAGGUGACAGUGAUAGCCGAGGAGGUAUGCACGUGCGUGUGUUGGCCGCGCAUGCGCCUGGAGCGGGUGCUGCGUCACCGCCCUGCACUCAAGGUCGUCCUCGACUGUCUCAUAGGUAAAGAUAUAACGCACAAGCUAUAUUCCGUGAGUGAGGGUCUUGGGGCUGGAGCGACAGGUGAAGGUGAAGGCCCCCCUGCACACCUUAAACGAUCAGCUAGUGUUGACGCCGUUCAUGAAGGGGCCCGCGGUAGAUUAAGGAGCCUGGCUUGGAGAGCCAGAUCCACUUCUAAAAAAGGCAGCUCAUACUGGCAGCCAGUAGUCGCUCGCCAGUUCCUGAGACAGUCUCCGUUCGGUCGCAGCGUGGUGCCUCCGCGGCUGCUGGCUCAAGCAUCAUCCGCUAGUCUUCAGGCUCCCGUUCGUCGCAGUCCUCCGCGGCGGACGGCGUCCUUCCGCCGUAGCCGGGAGGUAAAAUUCGCGGAGGUGCCGACAGACGAGCCGGCCGUGUGA